AUGCCCCUCACCACAUUUAUCAAUAUCAAUAAAACGUCCUUAAACAACACAAAUAUAGAAAUCACUCUUCAAAAAGAAAUCAGUGAAUCCCUUAAAACUAUCAACCAAACUGAUAAUAUUAACCAAAUACUCAAAGUCAAUGUCAAUGAACCUUUAACAUAUAUUACACGACCCAUCACACCAAUCAAUCAACCAAAUUCAAAAACCAACCCCAAAACACCAAGAACUCCACCAACACCCAGCAAAAUUCAACCAAAUUGGAAAAAGAAUUCACCAUCCGUUCAAAAUAAUAAUAAUAAAAACAACGAAUUCAAUCUAGAAAUACAAACACCACUUCCAAAAUUCAGCUCCUAUACAGAAUUUGAACACAACAACAACCAACAAACAUCUCACUUUACUGAAAAAGAACACCCUCUCGAUCCAGAAUUUAAUGAAGAAAUCAUUACAGUGUUUUCAUCUGAAAAAUAUACUCACAACAAUCACUCAAGUGAUUUACUUUCAUCAACCUCAAGCAAUAUAACAGUACGUCAUAUUUCUGAAUCUCAGAUUCACAAUUCAGUCACGAAUACAAUUAAAGAUAAUCAAAUUCCCUGGCAAAUAGUAUCAAGAAAAUCAAGACACUAUGCAUUUAUCCCAGAAAACAAACUCAACCAAGAAACCACAGACCAAAAACGCAAAUGGAUAAUGAAUACUAUAUCCAAUGAUCCAAAUUUUCUGGGCCUUUUUAAUCCAAAUUCCAAAUUCUUUAACAAUUUCAGGCUCGAGUUCAAUAGUACAAACGCUCGAGAUGAUGCAAUUAAUACAUUCACCAGCCUUGGAGUUGACACAAUAAACACAAUCGCAAUUCCAACAAUCAAAUCAACUAAUACUGCAAAUGAACCAAUCAUCAGAAAUGGAGUGGUUAUUCUAGAUAUCCCCACAAAUAUGAAUGAAACAACAGUUAAAUUAGCUUGCAACACAAUCAGCACC